AUGGCAUCAAAUACAGACAGCCCUCUUACUAUCCCAUUAUUACCCGAACAAGACGGGGCUGGCUAUCAUACCCGAAAUGGUCCAGGAGAACUUCAGCGCCCAACCAUCAUUGAUGAUCUCUGUGCCGGGCUUCUGCUUCAAGUUGAGUUACAGGGUGCUGUGCAUGGAACACUUAGUCGUGGAGGAGAUCCCGCGACUCUUCUUGUGGUGAAAUUUUACUUCCAAGGCCGCACAGAGAAGCGACGGUUUCGAAGCGCAGAGAUCAAGAUUAGAUUUGCCGAUGAGCAACAACCCCUUCAAGAGGACCCAGAGGUCUUAGCUCUCUGGCCAGAAGGCGACUUCACUUUCAAUGAAUCCCAAGUGGACUUGAGCGACAGUAAAAGCGGCGGCGCCAACCUCAGUGGAGGAGCUGGAGCAUUUCAGAUGGGGCUUAAUGGCACCUGGACACGAACCCAGGGUAGACAAUUGAAAGAAAGAGCCAGCAUCAAUGGUGCGAGACGAAUUGAGGGGCGUGAUUGGGGUGCAAGAAACGUGGUGCGCUUGAUUUUGGAUGAGAAUCGUGGCCAGGAAGGAGGGAUCGUCAGCACAUUAUCAACAGCAAUCUUGGUGAAGCGCAAAUAUGCCACUCAGCGUUUCAUUGCCCAAAUCGAAGUUACAGCACAGGCAGAUAUGAAAUAUGCAACAGCCUCUAAGAUCCGGGAGCUCUCUGGCAAGACUCCCUUGAAUGAUCCUGUGGUGUUCGACCCCAAAUGCGAACCAACCAUUGCGGCAGUCGAGGACGCUUCGAACUUGGCAGCCGAGAGUCUAGAGUCUCUAGCCAGUAUUAUUUCCACGACCGUUCUUUCGACUAUCCGGGGUGUUGCAGACGGGCAAAAAGAAACGGCGGCGUGA